AUGGUAUAUAAUAUCCUUUGUAAUUCUUUAUAAUGAAAAGAAAAUAGUAUACAUUAAGCUAUAUAUAUACAUAUACACAUACAUACAUAUACACACACAUACACAAUACACACACACACACACACACACACACACACAUAUAUAUAUAUAUAUAUAUAUAUAUAUAUAUAUAUAUAUGGAUAGCUACUAAACUUUAAAGAUGUGCUUUGGACAGAACUAUUAAUUGCAUAUAUAUAGUCCAACUUGGUAAUCUUGAUGUGUAUCUGUAUUUGAUAAAUGGCUUCACAUUCUUCAGGAUUAAAGGUAGCUCUGUAAAAUAGUACAGAGCAGUGACCAAAACUAUCAAAUUCAUCUCAUGAUCUCUGGAUGCCGGCAAGCUCCCAGAAAGUUUACAACUCAAAAAUGUGACUUCCAUAUUCAUAUAACAGUUCCUAAGUUGCCUGAAAUUUUUCAUUUUUUCUUUCUUAUUGUUUUUUUAAUUAUUUACUUUUCAAAUGUUGUCCCCCUUCCCAGUUUCCCCUCCACAAUUCCCCUAUCACCUCGCCUUCCCUGUAUAUAAGUGGAUAUUAGUCAAAAGGAAGUUCAGAAGAUCCAUGAUAAAACUGACAAGUUUUCAAAGUAGUUUAUUUCUCUUUCAAAGGGCGUGACAAAUAUAAUGAAGUCUCCUCAUGUAAGUUCUCUUUAUUUGUUUGGGAGACUUGGCCUCUUAAUUUUGCUUCUUAUUGCCAUGAUUACUUAAAAUAUUUAUAUAUCAGCACAAAACAUAAAAAAUUGAAAAACAAAUAUAAUUACAUAAAAUUGUUUAGGUAUAUAUUAACAGUAUAGUCAGUAGUAACAUAGAUAAGCAUCGAGUGUUUGCUAUGAGCCAGCUGCUAUAGUUCAUUUCACCUUCCCAAAUACUGACUAGAAGCAGGUAUUAUUACUAUUAUUAUUUAUAUAGGACAAAUCUUAAAAAGAAAAACUUCUUUCACCAACAACUUUCUCAGUUGCCAAUCAGUCCUCACCCACUGAUUUUUUUCCUUCAAAUGUGAACCCAUCUUCUUCUUAUUACUAAUAUUACUUCUUGUUGCUUUUUGUUUGUAGUAAAAUAAGAAUAAAAAAGAUUUUUCUUCUCUGAAUUCAAGUGUUUCAAAUAGUAAAUAAAUUGGUAGACUUUUGUAAAUGGAAAGAUCUGUUCUGUUAUAUAUAGUUUUGAAUUGUGUUCAUUGACAAUGUUUUAAAGCCAUAAAGAGGGAUCACUAUUGUCUGUACCUCUGAGAUAUAUGUCACUGAAUAAUUUGCAAAAUUUAGAAUAUUAAUAUGCCAAUGAACCUUGUAGAAAUAAAUUGUAUAUUAUAAUCACCAUCCUUAAGAAACUUGUAUAAGAAAGAUUUGCAUAUUUCAAUGUUCAUACACACUAUAGUGGUGUAUAAGAAAAUAAUUAGAAAUAAUAAAUCAUUUCUAUAAUUGAAAUCAUAUUUAAAUGAAGAUAGAACCGUUUAGGCUUGAUGAAGCACAGACAUAAGGUUUGUGCAGACAUAAACCUUCCCAGUCAUUUUAAGAAUAAUUUUAAAAAUAUCACAAAUAUUCCUGGGUAUGAGGUGUUUUUGUUUUAAUCAUAGAAUCUGAUAAGAACAAAUAUAGUUAAAAACAUUUGAUAUGGCGUCUGGCUCCCGCUCUCACAACCAUUGCAGUACAUCGAGCUCCAUAGAGACAGCGCCGGGGCAAGCGAGCACCGGAACGGGCACUGGGCGACUCUGUGCCUCUCAACUAAAAUCAACUAAAUCAUGGGCAAAGGAUAUCCUAAGAAGCCGAGAGGCAAAAUGUCCUCACAUGCAUUCUUUGUGCAAACCUGCCGGGAGGAGCACAAGAAAAAGCACCUGAAUGCUUCUGUCAACUUCUCAGAGUUCUCCAAGAAGUGCUCUGAGAGAUGGAAGACCAUGUCUGCUAAAGAAAAGGGGAAAUUUGAAGAUAUGGCAAAGGCUGACAAGGCUCGUUAUGAAAGAGAAAUGAAAACCUACAUUCCCCCCAAAGGGGAGACCAAAAAGAAGUUCAAGGACCCCAAUGCCCUCAAGAGGCCUCCAUCAGCCUUCUUCUUGUUCUGUUCUGAGUACCGCCCAAAAAUCAAAGGCGAGCAUCCUGGCUUAUCCAUUGGUGAUGUUGCGAAGAAACUAGGAGAGAUGUGGACCAACACUGCCGUGGAUGACAAGCAGCCCUGUGAGAAGAAGGCCGCCAAGCUGAAGGAGAAGUAUGAGAAGGAUAUUGCUGCCUACAGAGCUAAAGGAAAACCUGAUGCAGCGAAAAAGGGGGUGGUCAAGGCUGAGAAGAGCAAGAAAAAGAAGGAAGAGGAAGACGAUGAGGAGGAUGAAGAUGAGGAGGAAGAGGAGGAAGAAAACGAAGACGAAGAAGAAGAAGAAGAUGAUGAUGAAUAAGUUGGUUCUAGCGCAGUUUUUUUUCUUGUCUAUAAAGCAUUUAACACCCCCCCCCGUACACAACUCACUCCUUUUAAAGAAAAAAAUUGAAAUGUAAGGCUGUGUAAGAUUUGUUUUUAAACUGUACACUGUCUUUUUUUUUUUUUUUUUUUUUUGUAUAGUUAACACACUACCGAAUGUGUCUUUAGCUCGCCCUGUCCUGGUGGUAUUUUCAAUAGCCACUAACCUUGCCUGGUACAGUCUGGGGGUUGUAAAUUGGCAUGGAAAUUAAAGCAGGUUCUUGUUGGUACACAGCACAAAUUAGUUAUAUAUGGGGACAGUAGUUUGGUUUUUGGUUUCUUUCUUUUUUUGUUUUUGUUUUGUGUUUUUCUUUUGGUUUUCUUUUUUUUUUUUUCAUCUUCAGUUGUCUCUGAUGCAGCUUAUAUGAAGGUAAUUGUUGUUCUGUUAACUGAAUACCACUCUGUAAUUGCAAAAAAAUGGCGGCUGUUUUGUUGACAUUCUGAAUGCUUCUAAGUAAAUACAUUUUUUUUAUUAGUACGUUGUCCUUUUCAUAGGUCUGAAAGCUUUCUCCUCAAGGGGAAGCUAGUCUUUUGCUUUUGCCCAAUUUGGGUCACAUGGAUUAUUAGUGUGUAUCUUCAUUUAGUUAGCUGGAAAAAAUCUUUUGUCCACGCACCCUGCAUAUUGUGGUAGGGGUAACAUGUUCAUCCACAGUUGAAGAAUUCUCCAAAAUUGUCAUCAGUUGGAUAAGAGAUACUCUACUUAGCAAAGCAAGGAGUGAUCAAUUCUGUCACACCAUGGGAUUAUUAGAAUCAAACAGUCUGAAAGUCUGUCCUUGAAGGACUAAUAGAAAAGUAUGUUCUGCUCCUUACCUGAGGACUCCUUUAACUGCCAUUACUGUGUAAUGACAGGUGUAUUUUGCAGUUUCCCCUACUAAAGACCUGAGAAUGUAUCCCCAAAAGCGUGAGCUUAAAAUACAAGACUGCUGUACUAUUUGUUGACCUUAGUCCCAGCGAAGGCUAUCAUGAGAAGCUGGCUGUAAUCCCUUUGCCCUUCUAUCUAAAUACGGAUUGUAAUUUGAGGAGGAAUACUGAACAUGAGUCCUGGAUGAUACGAAUAAACUAAUAAUUGCAGAGGUCUAAAAAAAACAUUUGAUAUAUAUAUUAUAUAUAUACACACAAUACAUAUUUACAUAUACUACCUUUCUACUCUAUAUUCAUUUGUUGAUGAGCAACUAUGUGGAUUGCAAUGUUUGCUAAUAAAGUAUUUUGCUAUUGCUGAUGGAUAAACAGGUAACAUGUUCAAUACUGAAAGAGAUCACUUAGCAUGAAACUUAACAGUUUCCAUUCUGAAUGAGUAUCCCAAUUACAUGUAAGUUAUUUUCAUUGUAUAGAUAUUUGUGCUGGUUAUGUUUAUAACAUUUUAUGUGCAUGAUUUUAAUAAUCAAUUUUAUAUAAUAUCUAUAAAUUAUUAUGAUGGUUUUAAAGCAAUUGAGGUUGUGAAGCAGCUCUUAAAAAGGUCUGAUGAGACAAAGUUUUGAAUUGUGGAACAAUCUGCCCAAGUAUUUAAGUGAGCAUUACAAACAGACAAUGCUAAACACCAGAAAAAGGCAAGUUUAAAGUACAAAGGGACACUUCAGAAAUGGCUAUUAUCGAACAAGUGACAAUACUGAAUUUUGCCAAGCUUUAGGGAAAGCAAAUCACUUUCACAUUACUGGUGACAUGGUUAUAUAUUUUAACAGUUUGGGGAAAACAUAUGAGAGUUUAUUAUAGAAUAUAGAAUAUAGUUGCAUACAAACUUCCCAUACAACUCAUGAUUUUCACCCCUAUCUGCCUUGAGAGUUUAAAACAUAUGUUUGCACAGGUAUUUUGUAAAACACUCACAGCAAAGACUACCAUGAUAACCAAGAUUUGGAUAUAUUCCACAUCUCUGAAACUACAGAUGUAAAGAAAAAAUGUGAUGGAUCUAUGCAGCCGAAUGUUGUUUACUGAUAAAGAACAAAUAAAUAUACCUCAGAAACAUUGCAGAAAAAAAUGCAAAAUUAACAACAAACUGGAUGCAUUGAGGAAGAGAGAGCAGGCAGGUCAGUGGGAUCUGGAAGACAAGUGGUUCUGGAAUGGUCAACAAAUGGGCAAAAGAGCAUUUUUGAGCAAACUAAGUUGUAGAAUGUGUUAUGUGGGAAACUCAACUUGGAUCUAUUCAAAGAAGUGCUCUAAGCACUGAGCCUUCUCUCCAUCUCCUUAUUACAUUUAGAAGCCACCUCAGGUCUUUUGGACAUGAUUUACAGAUAUCCUCAGGUACCAGGCACAUAUGUGGUACCUAUACAUGCAUGUAUAUGAACAAUUCUUUCAGGAAAAAUACAAAAAUCUUAAAAGAAAAGAACCCCUCUUAUUAUGGGAAGCAAAUAUUUGAAUGGCUAGACAUUAUUGAAUCGUAUUCUUUCAAUGCCCAAAUUUUGUGAGAUCUAGUGAGCACAUGAAUCAAGCUGCUAGGAAUAGGUCCUGAGUAAAUUACAAAUGAGUAAAUAUUAUAUUACUCUAAGAAAAUAACAUACACAGCCAUAUCAAUUCAUUCUCUAGACAAUUGAAACUAAUAUCAAUUAUCAGAAGCAUUUGUAUGUGUCACAUUGCUAUUUUUUCUUACAAAAAUGCUAUGAGUUGGCUACCAUUAAUAUUCUUUCAACAAUAAUGUCCUACACCCAAAUGCGUGGAUUGACUUGAUAGCCAUGUAACCAUAAUAUAACUAUGCCUAGAUAUCAGGGAUUUAUAGAGUAGAAUGCUUAACUAGUUGUCAUGACAGAAACCCUCCUGCAGAGCUGGCUUCACAGAGGACUGGCAUGUUUGAACGCUCUGAUUAGUUUUUCCCAUUAGAAGUCCUUUGAAGCGUUGUAACAGUAAGAAUUUACAUAUUGAAUCAGGACGUCAUAUUGAAAAUUAUAAGACUAACUUUGAGGUACACUUGAUAUCAAACAGAUGGAAAAAGCUUUGCUAAUGAGCAUACGCUAAAGAACCUGCCUAUUCUGAGGUAAAAUUUUAUGUAUCUUUCCUGAAUGUGACCCUACAUUUAAUUUUGACUCAAUAGGAAGGCCAGGAAAUCUAGGACUGAGUGUCAGAAGAAACUUUAGUCCUAUUGUUUAUAAUUCAUGAAAGUCCAAACUUUAACACAAAUAAAAUACAAACCUAUUUUUUUGCUAAGACAUAUUGUAAGUCUCCAUAUGAAAACACGAGCUAAAUUUAAUAAAGAGCAAAUGAAGACUGUGGUUUAGGUACAAAAAUAAUUACACAAUCAUUUAGACUUAAGUGUAAGAGUGAUGGAUGAAAUGUGUUCUAGAGAAUCACCCACAAGUCUAGCAUUGCAUGAAGGCUUUUUAUAAUGUCUAAUGUAGUAACAUGUAAUGCAUAGUCAGCAAUAUUUUCAUGUUUUUUUGACAAGAAAAGUCAAACCUAAAUUCAAUAUUUCUCUUUAAGGUAUCAUCAAAAUUAGUAUAGAAAGAUGAUGAAAAAUGAUAAAAAAUCAUUCUGAAGAGGACUUGGGUCAACAUUUACAGUAUUGAAAAUAAGAAAUAAUAAACACCCUACUUCAGAAAUAUGCUUUCUUUGAAAGACAAAAUUAUGCAAGUGAAAGUUGUGGAAUAAUAUUGACAAUUGUCCAAAGUCUGCAGUCUUUCUGGAACAUAAAAUUAUUUUAAUUCAUUUUAUGAAUUAAAUUAAAAAUACACUGAAUAUUUGGAUUAUAAAUUUAUAGGACUAUGCUGAAUGUUUUAGAAGGACAUGAAACACAUCUUCAAGAAAUAGGAGAUAACAGCAUAGUAAUGUGUAAGGCAGAUUACAACCAUCAUUUUCAUGAGGAAGGUGCAUAAUUAAUGCUUAGAAAACAAUAUACUUUUCAAAGCCACAAUAAUUAGAAAUAUAGGAGGGUUUGAUGUUUGAAAGUAGACAGUUCUUGCAGAAGAUCAGUUCAGUUUCCAGCACCCAGAUAGCUUGUAAGUUCCUAUAAUUUCAGCUCCAGUGUUUCCGAGGCUUCAACAAUGCAUAGUUCUCUUUAAUUGAAUAAGGUAGAAUCUUCCUCUGGAAUCUUCCUAAUCUGAUUUUUAGUGUAAUGUUCUCUUGACUCCUACACACAUUAUUUCUCAUUUUCAUGUUAAUACUUUUUCAAUAUACACCAUUUGUAGUUCUUCCUUCUCCCCAAAAUGUGAAUAUAUAUAUAUAUACAUAUAUAUAUAUAUGUAUCUUUAUAAUAUAUUAUAGAGAAAUAUAUAUAUGUAUAUUGAUAAGCUAUGUUCUGUUUUUCCCAGAUAUUUUAUUUCUCUUAUGAAUUGAAGGUUAGCUGUUACCUCACUAUAAAAAGUAUUUCUUACUGUACAUAUUAUUUACCUUCCUUUCAGUAAUUCUGACAAAGCUCAAAAUAUUUAUUACUAAUAUACUACUAUAAUAGUUGUUGUAGUACUCAUAUCAUAUCAUAGUAACCUGUGAUUUAUGGUCUUUGAUAGUGAAGGUGCCCUCUGAACACUAGAGUGAAAGGAAGAAUUACACAUCCAGAACUUUAAGUCAAAGACUAUAAGUGAUCAGGGUGAGUAAGACCCAGAGUAAGUUGAGAUCAGGAAAAAUGAGUGUCUUUUGUCGAAUAAUCAGUCAAUAAUUUCAAAAGAAACUUUCAUUACAGCAAAUAAUGCAUAAAUUAGAUGAAAAAGACUAGCCUUGAGGGGAUGUGGUAAUAUCUUGGUGGUCUUAAUAGAAGAUCCACUCAGCCAUGGGGCAUGGCUAGUCUGAGGGCAAUGCUCUAACUCUUACUGCUUCCACAAGGACUGAGACAGAGAAGGAAAAUUCAGAGGAAAUACUUACAUUGAGAAGAGGGUUGUCUAUGAAUCAUCAACAUAAAAUAACAACUUUGAGGAGAAACAGCUCAUGUCAAUGACAAGUAUAUCAAGCUAUCCUAAAGGCUAAAUCUAAUAUCAUUCAAGAAGGUGGAUAUGCUGGGUUAAAAAGUACCUUCAACUGCAGGAGACUACCUAUGAUUUUCACUAUAAAGAGAAGUCCAUGCCUGAAUUCAAAGCUCACAGAAUAGACAAACUCUGUCAGAACUAAUGUAGCUAGUGGCUUUAUAUGGAGUCCAUGCUCUCUGCCCACCCCUAAAAGUUCUAGAGGCCUUAAGAUUCAUACUAAAUCUACUCUGCCUGUGUGCUAUAAAUGGAAUAACAAAGCAAAUAUGACAGCCCAUCUGUUUAGAACACGGUUUUCUGAAUAUUUUAAGCCCUGUGUUGAAUCAUAGUGUUCAGUAAAGAUAUUUCUCCCAAAAUAUUAUUUCUCAUUGACAGUGCAAUCCAUCAUAGAAAGGUGCUCACAGAGACACAUGAGGAGAUGAAUGCUCUCCUGAUGCUUGCUUACACAACACUCAAAUUGCAGCAUUUCUAUGUUCAAGUCUUAUUACUUAACAAUACACUUGAAAAGCUAGUUCUUUUAUAAAUAGGAAUCCCUUUGAUGGAUUCACUCAUGGUAAAUUAAAAGUCUUCUAGAAAUGAUUUAUGUUUGUGCAAGUGUUUAAGGACAUGGUUCAUGAGGAGCGUUCACAAAUCUCAAUAUCAACUAGUUUAAGGGUUCAAUCUUGAUACCGUGGAAACUCAAGAGUCAAAGACUUCAGUGGAAAAAGCUAUAAAAAUGUAGUAAAGAAAUCAAAGCUGGAGAUGUUAUAAAGUACUAUAAUUGACGGCUCACGGACAUAUUUGUUGCAUGAGUACUUCCUUUACCUCACUUUUUUACUUGUUAUUAAAGAGAGGGUCUUACUCUAGAGCCUAUGCUGGAAUUACUACCAUGGCAAUGCUUUUGUGCUAACCUCCUGCUGAAAAUACAGGCAGGAACUGACAUGACCAGCAAUGAGUUGCUUUUUAUGGCUGGGCAAAGAAAGCAGUUUCUCGAAAUGGCAUAUAUUCCUGAUUUAGAUCCUAUAAAAUCUUGAAAUGGCAGCAGAUUAUUUAGAAUAUCAGAUGGAUUUAUUUUAUGAAGCAGCCACAGGGAUUGAGAUGACUGACUGUAUUUUGAAGGACAUUUUAUUGCAGUUUAAAAUUCUAAGAGUCCUGUCUGAGCAAUCAUGAGGGAAAAUAGGAGUCGAUUGCUGUAAUAAACGCCUUUGUUUUCUUAUUGUAAGAAAUUGCCAAAGCAAAAUUAAUUUUCAGCUCACAUCACCUAGUCUCUCAGCAACAAUCAGGCUAAAUUAGGAUCUUCCAUGACUAAAUCAUUGCUACAUGUUAAAUGAUCAGAUAUUCAUUGGUGAUUUAAGGGAACAUUUUAUUAAGAUGCAUUUGAUAGGUUUUUUCCAGCCAUAUUGUUAUUAUAGACUUAAUGCAUUGUGGUUUAGUUGAAAGCAUUGUUUAGCCUAAUGUCACUAAGUAGAGCAUCUGGGAUUGCUUAGAACUUGCUGUGGAGCCAAAACUGACCUCUAUCCCAUGAUCUUCUUGCUCUUACUUCUCAAGCACUGAUCACAACAUGCAUUAUCACCUUCUGCUUAACAUAAUUUUGAUAUUCACUGGUAAUAAGUAUAUGUGAGUUUUCUUCUUUAAAAUUUAUUUAUUUAUUUUUAUGCUCCAUAUUUAUUCCCUUCCUGGUCCACCCCUGAGAUUUCCACAUCCCAUACCUCCUCUCCAUUCCCCACUUCAUCCCCACUCCUCCACAAGAAUGUCCCUACCUCACCUACCACACCAGACCUCUAAACUUCUGGGGCCUUCAGUCUUUUCAGGGUUAGAUGCAUCUUCUCUGACUGAUCCCAGACCCAGGAGUCCUCUGCUGUGUAUGUGUCGGGGGCUUCAUCUCAGCUGGUGUAUACUGCCUGAUUGGUGAUCUAGUGUCUAGUAGAUCUCAGGGGUCCCGGUUAAUUGAGACUGUUGGUCCUCCUACAGGGUUGCCCUCCUCCUUAGCUUCUUCCAUCUUUUCCCUAAUUAAACCACAGGGGUCAGCAGUCUGUUCUUUUGGUAGGUACAUUGCGAUAUUAAGCUGUUUCCCCUAGUUUGUCAGUAAUAUUUCAAUGUUAAAAUAUGCCUAUAUUUCUUUUUUGUGAAAAUUUUCCAUUCUUUUUGACUAAAUGCUAGAUUUUCUUGAGUACAUACAUAAUAGAUUGCUAUGAAUUUUCUAUCUCUUGAAACAGCACAACUCAUACUCCAUGUCAGACACAAAGUUUUGUUGAGUGAAAGACAUAAAACAAUGCAUGCUUGUUGUCAACCACAUGCUUUGGUUUAACUACAGUUUAUCUCAUACAUACUUCUUUCUUCUGUAUGAGUUCUGAUAUACAGUGAUUGUUUCUUUUUCCCAAUUUGAAAAAAGUCUGUUUCUGCACAGUUUACAUUAUUAUGACAGAGUAUUGGAGCCUGAAUAACUUACAUAGCAUAGAGAUUUGGCUUAGGAUUCUGGGAUCUAUGAAAUCACAUAAUGGGAUCAUCAUCUAUGAGACUAUCCAUGUAGUAUUGUAACAUGUUUAAAGUGAAAACUAUAUUCAACAAUAAAACAACUUCUGGGGGAAUCACCAUCCCUGAACUCAAGCAGUAUUACAGAGCAACAGUCAUAAAAAUUAUAUGGUAUUGGUACAGAAACAGGCAGGUAGACCAGUAGAACAUAUUUGAAGACACAGAAAUGAACCCACACAUCUAUGGUCACUUAAUUUUUGACAAAGGAGCCAAAACCAUCCAAUGGAAAAAAGACAGUAUUUUCAGCAAAUGGUGCUGGUUCAACCGGAGGUCAGCAUGUAAAAGAAUGCAGAUCGAUCCAUUCUUAUCACCCUGUACAAAGCUUAAGUCCAAGUGGAUCAAGGACCUCCACAUCAAACCAGAUACACUCAAA